AAUGAAUCAAUAGUUUUUUGGCAACACAAGAUUGGCAAUCCAAAGAGCUUAAUAACUUCAUUUAUUCUUCACAGAAUCAGUUAUUUAUGAUUAAUUCAAAUACACAGCUAAAAUGCCUUAAUAUCCAAAGAUUGUAUUUUUACAAUCAAAUCCAUUUGUUAGAAAUUUAGUUGAGAAGUAUUGAAUAAAAAAUAAUUUUAGAUAAUUUGUUUAAUAUUCAAUUGUAGAUGCUUAGAAGACAACUGGAGAAGUAAGUGAUUUAUAAAUGGUUAGGACAAUGUUGCUAGAUUGGCUGAAUAAGUUUAAUUAUAAUCUACUUAAACAAAUGGUGCAUUGUUAUUUGGAUUCCCUAAUAAUGCUGUUGAAGCUGAGAAGUAAAUAUUUGAUUGAAUAAUUAUUAGACUUGAUCGUUUAUUGGAUGGUGUUAAUUUGGCUGUCAGAUUCAAAUUAUCUGAAUCAUUAGCAUAGAAAAUAGCAGGAUCAUAUUUAUCAUGUUAAUCAUGCGGUAAAGUAUUCAACACAAGUCUACCAUUUGUUACUCCAACACAUCCAGGUUAUUAAAAUAAUGUAAAAUAAAUAAUAUUAAAUUUAGUGUUAAACUCCAAGUAAAUGUGCUUUGGAAUAGAGUUCUGCACCAGUUGAUUAAGUAAAUGCAGAAGUUACCAAUUAUUAUUAAUAGAAAGUAUGAAUUUAUUAUUGAAUAGUUUAGGGUGCAUAUCUUGAAUAUGAAAUUAAUGAAGAGCAUUUAUUGUAUGAUUCAUAAGAAUUCUUUGAAAAAUUAGAUAAUGCAGUAGCUUCACAUAUCAAAGUUUGAUA